AUGGCGUGCUAUUCUUCCUCUACUCUCCCCAUCGUUAGUCGUUUUUCUUGUGUCCUGUUCAUAAUCUUGUACUACGGAAAUGGCGUUAUUGCCGAUGCAAUUUUUACGAAUUUGUGGGCUGUAAAAGUUCGUGGCAGUCAACAAGAAGCUGAGGAGUUGGCCCAUAGACAUGGUUUUUCUUACGACAAACAUCUGUUUGAGGACUAUUAUUUGUUCAAAAAACUGGGAUUUGUGAAAAGGCCAGGGAAGGGUGAAUUAUCAUUGGAGGUUGAUGCUAAGUUAUCAAGAGAACCAAAGGUUGAAUGGUUUAUGCAUCAGAAAGAGAAAAAGUAUAAGCUAUUAGAGAUAAACCCAGAACUUCAUGAGAUGUGGUAUAUUAAAAGACCUGAGGGAUCUAAUGAACCAACACUCAAUGUCAUUUCUUCUUGGAAAUCUGGUUAUACAGGAAAAGGAAUUGUGGUGGGAGUUGUUGAUGAUGGAGUCGAUGGCAGUCAUCCUGAACUAAAAGAUAACUAUAGAUGGGAUUUGAGUUACGAUUAUGUGGCUGGCAAACAGGUGCCGUUUGGAACACGAGUAUCAGGACAUGGUAAUAAAUGUGCAGGUGUCAUAGCUGGAAAACGCAAUAAUGAUUUAUGUGGUGUGGGAAUCGCUUAUGAAGCUAAUAUUACAGGCAUCCGCCUUUUUGAUGAUGACAUUAAGUCAACUGAUGCAACAGAAUCUGCAGCCUUGGUGCACAAGCUAGAAAGUAUUGACAUAUACUCCAACAGCUGGGGACCUGGGGAUAUGGCAUGGCAAAUAGAGGGUCCUGGACCACUGACCAGUGCUGCCUUAGAAAAAGGCAUUAAACAGGGUCGUGAUAAACGAGGUGCCAUCUACACGUUUGCUGCUGGAAAUGGCGGUUUUACAGGAGACAGCUGUGCAUACAAUGGUUAUGUGAAUAGUAUUUACACCAUCGCCAUCAACGGUGUGAAUAAAGAUGGAUCCCGUCCCAUCUACGCAGAAGAAUGUCCUGGAAUCAUGGCCACCACGUACAGCAAUGUCAUGGGUGGAGGAAUUGUAACUGUUGAUAACGCAAACGGUUGUGUCAACGAUUUCGCAGCUUCGUCGGCGGCAACUGCCAUUGCAUCAGGACUGAUUGCACUGACCCUACAUGCAAACCCCAACUUAACGUGGCGUGACGUCCAACACAUCAUAGCCAACAGUGCAAGAGCAGCGCCUUGUGGAGUCUGGCUCAAACAAGGCCAUUGGCUGCAAAACAAAGCAGGGUUUCAUAUUAGCAAGGUUUAUGGCUUUGGGCUUAUGGACGCUGGCAAGAUGGUGAUGUUAGCAAGGAAAUGGAAGAAGGUUCCAGAGCAGAUAAAAUGCGAGAUCGAAGGCAGUGACAAAGACAUAAACAUCCCAGGAACGGUUUUAAUAGAAGUGAAAGAUUGUGCAAUUAAAUUUCUGGAGCACGUGCAGAUCAGAGUCAAUCUUAAUUUCUCUCGCCGUGGCGACUUGUCCCUGCAGUUGAGAGCACCAAGCAACACAACAUCUCCAAUGACUCGAAAGCGGUUCGUAGACAACUUAACAGGAUUCAGAAACUUGACUGACUGGAUUAUUACAUCUCUUUUUCACUGGGGAGAAGACCCGAAUGGCAAAUGGGAGCUAAAAAUUGAUGAUUUUGACAAGCGAUAUCCAAGUUCAGGUCAGCUUCACAGCUGGUCCUUGAUAUUGUAUGGCACUUCUUCAGACCCAAUUACAUCAGAACUUAGGAGCGAAAUAGAUUCGACACGUGCUAUACCUCCUGAGAAACCCAAACUUUCAACACGGCCAAUGGAAACAGUCACCCCAACUGAAGAACCCUCGUCAACAGCCAAACCAACCAAAGCAUCAUGGAAGAAAAUUGUGAUACCCAUCGUUCUGGGUGUACCUGCGAUAUUAAUACUGUUUGCUGUGUAUUGUUAUUGUCGAUUCUACAAAAAACAAGAUAACAACGCUGUAACCGUGCAGCAAGGAUCAGCCUAA